UAGAGACAUUAUUUCAGUAUAAGAUAUUUUUAACUGUUUAAACUGUAAAAAUAAAUGUCCAAAACGUAUUUAACAGAAUGGCUACAAACUGACACAGGACAGACUGAGAGUACAAACUCACAGUGAAGAUUCGUGCGAGUAUCGCUUCAUCAACAUGUAACGUAACGUCACUGUUGGUCGAAACCGAAAGUAGAGAUAAAUCUUGGUUACUAAACACGUAUGAAUGUUUAUAAAUUUCAAGUUAAGAGGGUAUGCAGUUGUUUUGUUAUAGAAGGAAAUUACAUUCGAGAUUUGUAAUUCCCGGUUUCGUUUUGGUGGUAUUCGUGAUUGUAGUUUAUUUUUGGCGAUCUCAUGAUGCUUCAAAUACAUCCUUACUUGAGCCUAAAGAUACCAAAGAAAUAUUAAACAAUGAUAUUUUAUUGGAACUGAAAGAAAUCGAAAGACAGAAUCGAUUUGACAGAAACCUAUAUGUUUGGUUAAUCAGCAUCUUGAUAGUGACUAACCUUUGUCUUUAUACAACUAUUGUAAAAGAAAAAGGGAUCCCAAAUACUGAUAUUUUAAAGCGUAUACAGAAAAUAUGGAAAAGCGUUGGUCUUUUUUCUCAAACUGAAACAAAGAGGACAGCUCAGCAUAGGUUGGAGAAUUCCCUCUGUGUGGUGGGGUUUGAGGAGGGUGAGACACAGAGACAUCAUGUUGAGAUGGCGAAGGAUCUGGUCGGCCCUGACAAGAGACUUCAGAUGAAGUCCGUGGUUGUAACGUCUCCAGAUUCCCUAGUCAACAUACCGCCAUCUAAAGUCCUUUUGAUGUUUGUGGACUACAAUGAGAGAAAUUUGAUAUUAGAGGAGGCGGAAGACGGAAUACGGAGACGAACUUUGGAUGUACUGAUGAAAAGUGGAGCUGAAGUGAUCGUGGUUUACUGCUGGGAGCUAUCCUCGAAGAAUUUAGAGGAGGGAUAUCUGUAUGCCCCUAAACUAGGUUCCGUCAGCAAAGUUCCCAGACUAAUUGAGCUCAGUAGGAAGAACUCUGUCUACAGUAUUUACAAACACUUCAACCAGCACCAAAAGUCCGCCUAUCAAAGGAAACUAAAAGAGCUUGAAGACUUCAUCAAAUGAUUUCUUGUACCUAAUAUAAUGUGAGGAAGUUAUUUCACAUUAUUUUUUCUGGUUUUUAUCUUUGAAUUCAAUUUUUAUCAACAGCAAAUUUGAGAUUUCUAAGAGAUAUUAUUUUUGGUAUGUGUUAGGCACACAUUCUUUUUAUAAAUAUUGAGUAUUACGUCAUGCAUAUUAUAAAAUGCUUGUUUGGUACUAAUAAAGAAUUACUUAUA